CGGAGUGUCCAAGUCUGGCUCAGUGCACAGGGCAAUGGGGGUCGCUCCUUAUCUCUGUCUCCUUCUGUCCUGUCUGGCAGGCGUGCGGUCUGCCGUCGUGCUGACACAGCCCGCGUCAGCGGUGGUAAAGCCCGGGGAGUCCCACAGACUGACCUGUGCAGUCAGUGGGGUCGAUCUCAAAAAUAAAAAUGUUCACUGGGUGAGACAGGUCUUCGGGAAAGAGCUGGAGUGGCUGGCGAUAGUAUGGACCAAAAAUAACCCGGACUAUGCGCCUGGACUCCAAAACCGAUUAAUCGCUUCCAAGGACAGAAACACAGUUUUUCUAGAAAUGAAGAACCCAACAGUGGACGACACUGCAGUCUAUUACUGUGCGAGAGAUGGGGGUACUCCAUACUACGAUCUUCGAGACUGGGGGAAAGGAACCUCGCUGACAGUGACUUCAGUGGCCAAGUCCUUGCCAUCAGUCUACAUCACCCCUUCCUGCAACACGAAAUCUGGCCAAGAGAUCAGCCUCCUCUGUCUGGUCAAGGACUAUCAGCCUGAGAGCAUCAGUCAGACAUGGUCCACCAAGAGUGGGGACAUCACCACUGGAAUCAAGAAGUACCCGGCAGUCUUGGGGCAAAGUUCAACAUACACAAUGAGCAGCUUGCUCCGAGUCCCUGCGGCGGAUUGGAACAGGAAUGAAGUCUACUCCUGCAAGGCAGGGUACGAGCCAAGCGAGAUGGUGACAGCAGAGUUCCAGAAACCUCAAUCUCCAAAGCUCAUCCCCCUUGUUCCAUCCCCGGAGGUUAUCCACAAUCAAACAACUGCUGUCCUGGGCUGUGUGGUAUCUGGAUUCCACCUUGACAAAUUUAAAGUUUCCUGGAAAAACAGUGGAUUAGCUCAAGCAGGCAUCGUUCUCCCUUCCACUUCAAAAACCAAUGCUAGUUCUGAAACAUUUGCUUACCUGACACUGCCUAUGAAUGACUGGACCAAUGGACAUGUAUAUACUUGUGAAGUGAGCCAUGUUCCUUAUGGCUUCAGGGAAAGGAUCAGCAUGCAAUAUAAAGAGGAAUUGUUUGUCUUUAUUCGAAAUCCUGGCAUUGAAGAGAUGUGGAUCAACAAGACCCCUAUCCUCAAGUGUACUGUCAUCUGUAGUGAUCCAGGCAAGGUCCACAUUUCUUGGCUGGUCAAUGGGAAGGACAGAAGUAGGGAAGCUGUGAUCCGACAACCGGAGAGGGAAGGGACUCAAAACACAGUGAUCAGUGAACUCCGGACCAGUAUAGAGGAGUGGUUCAGUGGGGUUGAGUACGUGUGCUCUGCUCGAGAGCCUUCUUCCAAACCAGUGUCAGCGCGGACAAGAAGUACCAAAGUGGAGACCAAACGUCCCAAGGUCAGACUGCUGCCUCCACCAAACGACGGGACCAAGAGUGGGAACACGGCCACCCUCGAGUGUGUGGUCUCUGGAUUCUACCCGGACAUCAUAAACGUCGCCUGGGAGAAAGACGGCUCCGUGAUCACCUCAAACACCACCAGCGCUGCACCGACUGCUCUGGAGCAGGGGGGCACUUUCAGUGCCAGCCAUUUCCUGACUGUGAGUACAGAGGAGUGGAAGAAAGGCUCGGUCUUCAGAUGUACAGUAUCUCAUCCCCCCUCCAGCAGCAGUGUCAGCCGGGAGGUGAAGAACAUCCAAGAAUUGUUUGUCUUUAUUCGAAAUCCUGGCAUUGAAGAGAUGUGGAUCAACAAGACCACUAUCCUGAAGUGCACUGUCAUCUGUAGUGAUCCAGGCAAGGUCCACAUUUCUUGGCUGGUCAAUGGGAAGGACAGAAGUAGGGAAGCUGUGAUCCGACAACCGGAAAGGAAAGGGACCCAAAACACAGUGAUCAGUGAACUCCGGACCAGUACAGAGGAGUGGUUCAGUGGGGUUGAGUACGUGUGCUCUGCUCGAGAGCCUUCUUCCAAACCAGUGUCAGCGCGGACAAGAAGUACCAAAGUGGAGACCAAACGUCCCAAGGUCAGACUGCUGCCUCCACCACACGACGGGACCAAGAGUAGGAACACGGCCACCCUCGAGUGUGUGGUCUCUGGAUUCUACCCGGACAUCAUAAACGUCGCCUGGGAGAAAGACGGCUCCCUGAUCACCUCAAACACCACCAGCGCUGCACCGACUGCUCUGGAGCAGGGGGGCACUUUCAGUGCCAGCCAUUUCCUGACUGUGAGUACAGAGGAGUGGAAGAAAGGCUCAGUCUUCAGAUGUACGGUAUCUCAUCCCCCCUCCAGCAGCAGUGUCAGCCGGGAGGUGAAGAACAUCCAAGAAUUGUUUGUCUUUAUUCGAAAUCCUGGCAUUGAAGAGAUGUGGAUCAACAAGACCCCUAUCCUGAAGUGCACUGUUAUCUGUAGUGAUCCAGGCAAGGUCCAUAUUUCUUGGCUGGUCAGUGGAAAGGACAGAAGUAGGGAAGCUGUGAUCCGACAACCAGAAAGGGAAAGGACCCAAAACACAGUGAUCAGUGAGCUCCAUACCAGUACGGAGGAGUGGUUCAGUGGGGUUGAGUACGUGUGCACUGCUCGAGAGCCUUCUUCCAAACCAGUGUCAGCGCGGACAAGUACCACCAAAGUGGAGACCAAACGUCCCAAGGUCAGACUGCUGCCUCCACCACAUGACGGGACCAAGAGUAGGAACACGGCCACCCUCGAGUGUGUGGUCUCUGGAUUCUACCCGGACAUCAUAAACGUCGCCUGGGAGAAAGACGGCUCCCUGAUCACCUCAAACACCACCAGCGCUGCACCGACUGCUCUGGAGCAGGGGGGCACUUUCAGUGCCAGCCAUUUCCUGACUGUGAGUACAGAGGAGUGGAAGAAAGGCUCAGUCUUCAGAUGUACAGUAUCUCAUCCCCCCUCCAGCAGCAGUGUCAGCCGGGAGGUGAAGAACAUCCAAGAAUUGUUUGUCUUUAUUCGAAAUCCUGGCAUUGAAGAGAUGUGGAUCAACAAGACCGCUAUCCUGAAGUGCACUGUUAUCUGUAGUGAUCCAGGCAAGGUCCACAUUUCUUGGCUGGUCAAUGGGAAGGACAGAAGUAGGGAAGCUGUGAUCCGACAACCGGAGAGGGAAGGGACCCAAAACACAGUGAUCAGUGAACUCCGGACCAGUAUAGAGGAGUGGUUCAGUGGGGUUGAGUACGUGUGCACUGCUCGAGAGCCUUCUUCCAAACCAGUGUCAGCGCGGACAAGUACCACCAAAGUGGAGACCAAACGUCCCAAGGUCAGACUGCUGCCUCCACCACACGACGGGACCAAGAGUAGGAACACGGCCACCCUCGAGUGUGUGGUCUCUGGAUUCUACCCGGACAUCAUAAACGUCGCCUGGGAGAAAGACGGCUCCCUGAUCACCUCAAACACCACCAGCGCUGCACCGACUGCUCUGGAGCAGGGGGGCACUUUCAGUGCCAGCCAUUUCCUGACUGUGAGUACAGAGGAGUGGAAGAAAGGCUCAGUCUUCAGAUGUACAGUAUCUCAUCCCCCCUCCAGCAGCAGUGUCAGCCGGGAGGUGAAGAACAUCCAAGAAUUGUUUGUCUUUAUUCGAAAUCCUGGCAUUGAAGAGAUGUGGAUCAACAAGACCCCUAUCCUCAAGUGCACUGUCAUCUGUAGUGAUCCAGGCAAGGUCCAUAUUUCUUGGCUGGUCAAUGGAAAGGACAGAAGUAGGGAAGCUGUGAUCCGACAACCGGAAAGGGAAAAGACCCAAAACACAGUGAUCAGUGAACUCCGGACCAGUACAGAGGAGUGGUUCAGUGGGGUUGAGUACGUGUGCUCUGCUCGAGAGCCUUCUUCCAAACCAGUAUCAGCGCGGACAAGAAGUACCAAAGUGGAGACCAAACGUCCCAAGGUCAGACUGCUGCCUCCACCACAUGACGGGACCAAGAGUAGGAACACGGCCACCCUCGAGUGUGUGGUCUCUGGAUUCUACCCGGACAUCAUAAACGUCACCUGGGAGAAAGACGGCUCCGUGAUCACCUCAAACACCACCAGCGCUGCACCGACUGCUCUGGAGCAGGGGGGCACUUUCAGUGCCAGCCAUUUCCUGACUGUGAGUACACAGGAGUGGAAGAAAGGCUCAGUCUUCAGAUGUACGGUAUCUCAUCCCCCCUCCAGCAGCAGUGUCAGCCGGGAGGUGAAGAACAUCCAAGAAUUGUUUGUCUUUAUUCGAAAUCCUGGCAUUGAAGAGAUGUGGAUCAACAAGACCACUAUCCUGAAGUGCACUGUUAUCUGUAGUGAUCCAGGCAAGGUCCAAAUUUCUUGGCUGGUCGAUGGAAAGGACAGAAGUACAGAAGCUGUGAUCCAACAACUGGAAAGGGAAGAGACCCAAAGCACAGUGAUCAGUGAACUCCGGACCAGUACAGAGGAGUGGUUCAGUGGGGUUGAGUACGUGUGCUCUGCUCGAGAGCCUUCUUCCAAACCAGUGUCAGUGCAGACAAAAAGUACCAAAGUGGAGAUGAAACGUCCCAAGGUCAGACUGCUGCCUCCACCGCACGAAGGGACCAAGAGUAGGAACACGGCCACCCUCGAGUGUGUGGUCUCUGGAUUCUACCCGGACAUCAUAAACGUCACCUGGGAGAAAGUCGGCUCUGUGCUCACCUCAAACACCACCAGCGCUGCACCGACUGCUCUGGAGCAGGGGGGCACUUUCAGUGCCAGCCAUUUCCUGACUGUGAGUACAGAGGAGUGGCAGAAGGGCUCAGUCUUCAGAUGUACAGUAUCUCAUCCCCCCUCCAACAGCAGUGUCAGCCGGGAGGUGAAGAACAUCCAAGAAUUGUUUGUCUUUAUUCAAAAUCCUGGCAUUGAAGAGAUGUGGAUCAACAAGACCACUAUCCUGAAGUGCACUGUUAUCUGUAGUGAUCCAGGCAAGGUCCACAUUUCUUGGCUGGUCAAUGGGAAGGACAGAAGUAGGGAAGCUGUGAUCCGACAACCGGAGAGGGAAGGGACCCAAAACACAGUGAUCAGUGAACUCCGGACCAGUAUAGAGGAGUGGUUCAGUGGGGUUGAGUACGUGUGCUCUGCUCGAGAGCCUUCUUCCAAACCAGUGUCAGCGCAGACAAGAAGUACCAAAGUGGAGACCAAACGUCCCAAGGUCAGACUGCUGCCUCCACCACACGACGGGACCAAGAGUAGGAACACGGCCACCCUCGAGUGUGUGGUCUCCGGAUUCUACCCAGACCGCAUUGACAUUACCUGGGAGAAAGACGGCUCCCUGAUCACCUCAAACACCACCAGCGCUGCACCAACUGCUCUGGAGCAGGGGGGCACUUUCAGUGCCAGCCAUUUCCUGACUGUGAGUACAGAGGAGUGGAAGAAAGGCUCAGUCUUCAGAUGUACGGUAUCUCAUCCCCCCUCCAACAGCAGUGUCAGCCGGGAGGUGAAGAACAUCCAAGAUGCAGCCUGAAAUAGUGGCAUCACUUUCUCCUGUGUGGUGGGACAUCAGUCGAUCACAACCAAUCUGUUCAGAAGGAUCAAUAAAUCUCACAGCAAAGCCACCCUGGUCAAUCUCUCACUUGUUCUGACCACUAGUUUUAAAUCUUGUGUAUAAUCCCUCAUGAUUCAAUCUAUAAAGUGCUUAUUUUAUUAGUUUUAUGAAUAUUAACUGACCCGGAGGAUGGUUUGGGUCACUAAUCUCCUGACACUUAAAACAUGAUGAAAAUCUGGACCUUGAGAAUAAAAUUCGAUUGAGGGAUCAAAUUAAGCAACUGACAUGAUUCACCACAAAUCUAUGAGCAGCUGGAAACCCUUCAAACCUUUUCUCUGCCAUAUUUGAACAGAUUUCAAUGCUGUAUAGGAUUGCACAUGGUAUUGAAU